GAAAUAAUAAUACUAGUAAAAAACCCAAAAGAAGGGUUUAACAUUGAUGAAGGAGGAGAAGAGAAGUGGCAAUUGUGUGAGACUCUUGCUCCGUCCGGUCGCCGUCGAUUUGCGCCGUCGGUAGCGUCCUUCUCAAUUAUUUCAGUGAUUGACUUGGUAAUUUAGUGUUACCAUUGCUUCAUAGUUUAUUAGAAUUAUAACGCAGUACACGAAAACCAGGACUCCGGCAACUAGGGUUUUUGAAGAAUAUCUAGAUGGAGAAGACCGUCUCCUUUUUGUUCUCUGGUGCCAAUUUUGAUAAGAAUAAGUUCGCCAGCGAUUUUUCCAGGUUUAAGGAUAAGAAAGAAGCAGGUAAUUCAGUUGAUGAUUCCGAACCAGAGGAAAAGAUCGUGUCUGUCAAGAGAAGGAAACGGAAGGCAAUGGUUUCUGAAGAUAGGGUUGGGGGAUUUAAUGUCUUCAAGAGCGCAAAAAAAGCUUCUGUAGUGAGUGAAAGAACUGACCUGGAUAAUGAUGAGGUUUCCAAGAGGAAGAAGGAACUAAAUAGGCAAAUUGAGCAGGAUGCACUAUUCCGGAAGAAGCAUAACAUUCAUGUGUCUGGGAAUAGCGUGGUAUCCCCUCUUAAAAAAUUUGCAGAGCUAUUCUCAAGAUAUGGAUGUGAAUCGUAUUUGUUACAGAAUAUAGCGGACCUUGGAUUUCAAGAACUGACACCAAUUCAAAGGCAGGUUAUUCCAGUCCUCCUCUCUGUUAGGGAAUGCUUUGCCUGUGCUCCAACUGGCUCUGGAAAGACCUUGGCCUUUGUGUGUCCCAUGCUUAUGAAACUCAAGGUACUGUUUGCUUCUUUUAACCACUACUGCUAUCCAAGUUCACGAGCUUCUCUGAUGAAAAUUUUUGCCACUCAGCACCCCUCGGCUGAUGGCAACAUAGUGGGCUCAUAUAUAUCCAAUAAAAUUUUCUGAUUCCCUCUCACAUUGGAAAUAAGGGAUGUGGAAUCAGGUUACUCGGAUUGAUAUUCAUUAUAUAUCUUUUCAAAACCCCUUUCAUUGAAUGUUUCUGUGCACUAUAGAGCGUAGCCUUUUGAUGUAGAAUAAACUCGAAAGUUUUUAGGCUGUAUUCUGUGAUUAAUUAUAUGAAAGUAAGCUUCACAUAACCAAUAUUCUAAAUUAAAAUGUUUAUUUACUGACACUGGGUUUUGUCUUUCGUGCGGGGUUGAGUAUCUUGUUCUGGAUGAGUCAGACAAGCUAUUUGAGCUUGACAUGUUGAGACAGAAUGAUUCUGCAGUUAAAGCAUGCACUAACCCUUUGAUAGUACGCUCUUUGUUCAGUGCUACUUUGCCAGAUUUUGUUGAGGAGCUUGCUCGAACAAUUAUGCAUGAUGCUGUUCGAGUUAUUAUUCGACAAAAGUGAGUAUGAGAAUAACAUGUUGUUUCUGGAGCACAGAGCAAUCCGCAUGACAUGCAUCUUAUGUUUGACCAUUUGAAUGGGAACUCUGCUUCUGACACGAUCAAGCAGCAGUUACUUUUGCUGGCAGUGAAGAAGGGAAACUUAUUGCUCUUCGCCAAAGCUUGGCUGAGAGUUUGAAUCCACCAGUGCUAAUUUUUCUUCAAUACAAGGAGCGGAUGAAAGAACUGUAUGAGGAGCUAAAAUUUGACAACAUUAGAGUUGAUGUCAUCCAUUCUGAUUUGUCCCAAACACAGUGAGAAUAUUCUGUUGACAACUUUAGAGCUGGAAAAACAUGGGUUUUGAUUGCUACAGAUGUUAUUGCUCAUGGUAUGGAUUUCAAAGGUGUCAAUUGUGUGAUCAACUAUGAUUUUUCAUAUUCUGCCGUGGCUUACAUUCACAGAAUUGGUAUGUAACUAAACCUAGAUUUGGUUCUCGCCUGUCCUCUUAGAUGUGUUGUUAUUAAAUAAAGAUAAGAGAUUUUCUUAUUAGAAUUUUAUUAAAAGUUCUAGCUGUUCUAGGGUUCUCUCUUGUAUACCUCUUUACUGGGAAUGGACCCUUCCAAUGUCACUGCAUGCCAAUGAUAAUACUAAUUUUUCUAGUUAUAUUUGUUUAAGUCAUAUGUUCAUGAGUUCGUUUUUGGGUUCAAACUCAACUUGGUCAUCUGAAUAGGCCAGACUGGCAGAGCAGGAAGGAGUGGAGAAGCCAUCACAUUCUACACAGAAGAUGACAUUCCAUUACUGCGUAACAUAGCUAAUGGCCUUAGCUUCAGGCUUUGAGGUUCCAUCAUGGAUCCUGGCGUUGCGCAAAAAGAAGUGGAAGAAGCACUGGCCGCUAAGAGAUUCAAUUUCAAUCAAGCCAGAGGAAGAAUAGAAGUGUUGUAGAUUGUAAUCCUUACAUUUUGUAAGCGGAAAAUUCUAGAAUGGUGUCUGCAUCAGAAAUUCUUUUCCUGUAACAGGAAAGAAUAGUCAUGGUUUAUCUUCGUUGAAGAGUGAGAAUAAAUUGAAAAGUAAAGAAACAUCAUAGUAUUUGAUCCAUAAUCCAUUCAUUUUGGAAAUACUUUCCUUGUUUGGUAUUUAAUUCUACUAUUUUAUUUUGGUAUCACAUAAUUCUAAUU